AACCUCUGUUUCAAGACCCAAACGGAUUUCGCCCCUCGCCCAGGACUUUGUCCUCUGGCUUUACUUCACCUCCUAGCAAAUUUUUUUACACAUGGUUCGAUUCGUUCACUGCUACGUAGAGACGUACGAUUAAACAAACAAAUAGUAAGGAAAAUGAGGGGUGUCAGGAAAAAAAAGAAACAAAGUUGCUGAACACUGCGGAACAUUCGCGUCGUUGAUAUUCACGUUAUUAGUUUCGAAAAAUGACACCUUUCUAAAGAGCGACUUGUGAAUAUGCUGCCGUUGAACGCUACCGAUCGUCAACAAUACAUUCAUCUGACCUAACCUCAAAUCGUUUUGGGAUUAUAUUACGUUUUAACAGCGUCAGGACAUUAAUAUCACCUGUGCCGAAUGUGCAAAACAAGAUUUUCAUUGUCACAGUGGAUGCUUAGAAAUUUCCAAAGCUUUUUUCUGCACCAUGAUGGAUAGUAGGAAGUGUGACAUUUGAAUGGCACAGCAGCCAAACGGUAUCGACUUGGGACCUUGACUAUUGAACGCAGAAGGAUCGAUAACCAGAAGGAAGCACAUCCAAAUUUUCAGACCUCGAGGACCAUUCCUUCCACCCGAAAUCGGGGAUCAAAAUCAUCCCUAUGAAGUUUUUCACCAAUCAAACAAUGUAUACUUGGAUAGUGUACAUUGAUCGCUAAUCAGCGGGCGGGGCCGCAGGGGGCCAUCGCUACUACUAUCUUAGCCAGGCUCGGAUGUGUAUGAUGUAAGGGGUUCGUUAGUAUGCUGGAUAAGCGGCGGCUUUAUGCCUCCGGUUCGCCACCAUGCACCCUGAUUUUUGUGGUCGCUUUGGCACUGACUGGAUGCUUCUCCUUUUGGCUUCACAUCGAGGGAUCCGGAUCGUCGACAGGUUACAGCAACGGCGGUGUCACGGCACCUGGAUACCUGCUGAUCUUUCCUGGGAACGCGACACCCUCACCGCAGCCGUACUUACUGCACGAACUUCCGUUCGGUGACAAAUCCAGUCUGAUCGAUAUAAAGGAUUUCAGGUUUACGAUCAACCACGAUCCGUGCAACCGGACGCAUCCGUUGCUAUUGAUGCUCGUCCAUUCGGCACCCGAGAAUUUCCUCAAGAGGAACGUCGUCAGAGAGACUUGGGGUCAACAGUCAACGGAUGUAGCGCUCCUCUUCCUCGUUGGCUGGUCCGAUGAAUAUCAGACGAGACUGGAGGAGGAGAAUAGGAGAUACAAAGAUUUGAUACAAGGCAACUUUCUCGAUGCCUACAGAAACAUGACUUACAAGCAUGUGAUGGCGUUGAAAUGGGCUACGUAUCAUUGUCCAAGUGCCAAAUAUGUACUAAAGUUAGACGACGAUGUUUUUGUUCACAUACCAGCGAUGCUGGAUUUUUUGACACGUGAUCUGUCACCUUGGGGCGCCAGACGGUUGAUCCUUUGCGAUCUUCUAUCAGCCGGCACCGUGAAGAGAUCUUGGCGUUCCAAAUGGAGGGUUUCACCUCAAGAAUAUCCUGGUAGACAUUAUCCUGCGUACUGUGCCGGAUGGGCUAUAUUGUAUUCUCCUGAUAGCGUAUUCCUUUUGUAUCGCGAGGCACAAAAAGAGCCAUAUUUCUGGAUCGAUGAUGUUCAUAUUACCGGGACGUUAGCUAGGAAAGUAAAUUUAACUCAAACCUCUCUGCAUUAUCUGGUGCUAACCAACGAGAACAUGCAGGACCUUCUGUCCAACCCGAGUUCUCGAAGGGAGUUUCUAUUUGGACCUCCGAAUCUCAGUGAAAACGAGAUAAGAGCCUUACAAAGUCUGGUCAUCAAACCACGGCCUAGCAGUGAAAGCCUAUUGAACUGAGACGUUUUGAAUUUCAUUGAAAUGUCCCGUUCGUCCAUACACACAACUUUUUUGGUGUCUGAUAUUUUUAGCUAUUUUCAAAUACUUUAAUUCUGUAUACGCGUCAAGUGUUCAAGAUGGUGCACAGUAUGGUUUAAGUACCUACGUCAAGUCUACAAAAUGUAUUUAAGGCACUUAUCUUUAUGGAAUGUUUUUCAUAGGUUACAGUCGAUUUACAAAUUUCAAUCAUGUCUUUGUAAUUUUUUUCUCUUUUUUUUACUUAGUUACUAACAAUUAAGUAGUACCUAUUUCGAGGACUCGCAUAAUUGUAAGACGGUUCCGAAGGACUCAUACCAGUAUUAACACCUCAUAGGAGCAAUUUUCUGUAUAAAUCGUAUGAACGUGUAAACGAAAGUAAAAAUGUAAUUUGAAGGUUUUUUGAGAUUGUGCUCGCGAGAGAAGAUAUUUAUAGAUAUAACAUUAUAACAAAAUUGAAAAGUAUCAGAUUGUUGUAUAAGAUUCUCAGACCAGUGAAAUUAAUGUUUGUUAGGUAGCAAUAAGAGUACAACCCGAAAUUAAGGGUCCAUUUGCAGGUCAGGAAGUUGUAUUUAAAACGGAGAUGAUUCCUGUAUCAUGAUAACGUUCUUUAAGGGAUUCUAUUCAAUACUAAGUCCCUUAAAAAAUAUUUGAGCGAUUACAGAAAGCAGCAUAAACGUUUACGCACUUUCUUUUUACGAUUAUCAGAUUUGUCAUUAAUGUAAUAUACCUCAGUAUACAUGUAUGUAAUCAAUUCAUAUUCCGUUUUUUUUUCACUUUUAAAUGUAGAAUACAACGAAUACGACUUACAAAAAGAAACAUGUGAAUUUCUCUGAAAUACGAAGAUAAAGAAAAGAUUUUUAUCGUUAUAUAAAUGUUAACACGCUUUACCGUUGCUUUAAAGAAAAUCUGUACAUUUUUGGAUCAAUCAAUAUAUAAAUAUUGCAUAUACGUACAAAACGUUGGUGACUACUAGUUAGUGAAUUGUCUUCUCAAUUAUUUAACCUAACGUGGAAUAUAUACAGCAUUUACUUAUUUAUUUUAAUGUAUUUUAACUAUAGCAACAUUUUCGGUCACGUCGUGUGAGAAACGAAACGUUUCUAUUGUGUAUUGCUGAAUAUGUCCAUAUAGCGAUGAAAUAAAACCUCAUCUGUGUCAUUAAAA